UACAUAGCAGCCAACAUCUAGAAAAAAAAUAAGCCAAACCAUUACCAUUUGGAAUAUAUCCCCAAUAUGUUUCUGAAAGCUCUGAAAUGUAUAGUGUAUGUAACGUAAACUAUAAAUUUCAGCAAUGGUAGUGAAUUUUGGAACUAGCUUUUGUCGGCUUGAACAUGCCCAAUAAUUUCAAAACGUUACGUUACGUACAGUUACGAAGUAAGUUAAGACGUAGCUGCGAUACUUUCCGGGGAAAACUCGAUAUAUUUUCGAGACGCUGAUGUAACAUAAUAUUUUUGAAUAUUUUUUUUAAGAAUAUUCCGAAAUUCGAGGAUUAAUAUAUUAAUUAAUUUGGAGGCAAGAUUGAUUAUCAUCAUGGAUCUAUCCAUCAAUACGAUUCACCGUAUUUUAGUAGAUGCUGGGUUGCCAUCGACCAUUGAAGAUCUUAAGAAUCCAACCGAAAAGUAUGUUGUAAAUUUAUUGACUACAUUCCUAUCACAUUUUUCUAUUGAUUUGGGUGUAAUUAAUCAGCCCAUUGCAGAGCAACUUACUGCUAUGCCACAUUAUGAAGAUUCUGAUAUAAUAAACUUGACAAAUUUACAUGCAAUUGUAGCACAAAUAUUUGAUAAAAUAUUUCUAAGUGAUUUUUGUCUCACCGAUAUUACUAGUCCUGGACAAAAACGAUUUAGAAGGCAAGUAAAACUUAUUUCAAACUUUGUACUGUAUGCAAUGCAUAAAAAGUCAGAAUUUAAUGAUAGACAGAAUCAAAUUCAAACUAAAUCUAAACUAGUAGAAGAACUAAAAGAAAAAAAAGCUCAAACUUUAGAUUCUAAUCAUGAUGAAGUUAUGCACAAAGCAAAGGAAUUAUCUAAAAUAGAACGGCUAGAAAAUGAGAUACAAUGUGUACAGUUAAAAGUAGAAAAAUUCAAUAAAAGAAAGUCAGAACUUAAAGUAAUAAAAAUUGAUGUGGAAAAAGAAAAUCAAAAAGCUAAGGAACUUUGUGGUUCCAUUAGGAUAUCUGCAGCAGAGUUAUCUAAGAAGAUAACCGAGAUACAAGCAGAAAUUGUACAUUCACCAGAAAAGUAUCAAAUCCAUUUAGAUAAAAUUAAGGAGGAACACGAGUCAAAAAUGGAAGCACGUGAUAUAAUGCAGGAAGCUAUUCAGGAAAAGAAACAGACUAUAAAACAAAUUCAGGAUAAAUUACAUGUUGUUCAAGAAAUAAAUGAAGACUUCAGUGUAUUAAGAGAUAUAUAUACAGAACAAAAAACCAAAACAACAAAAUUAAAUGAUAUCUUGAAAAAAACUGAUUCCUUGGAAAAAAUACAAAAUGAAUUGGAAAAUAAAUUAGCGAUGAACAAGGAUCAAAUGAACGAUAAAAAGAAUAAAUUACAAUCAUAUCAUGAAGAAGAUAUAGUUCCACUGAGUAAUCUGUAUAAUCAAUUAUUGAGUGAAAAAAAGGUACAGAAAGCUACAUUAGAUACAAUUCAAAAUUGUUUCAAAGAAAAAUGCUUGAAAAAGAACGAAUUUCAAGCAGACGUUAAAAAAACAGAGGAAGAAACUGUGAUUUUUAUGAACAAUUGCCAAAAGAAUUAUGAUAAAGAAAUUGCUAAUGAACUUGAAUUAUGGAAAGCUUGGAAAGAAAAAUAAUUAUAACAUUAUCUUUCUAAAAAUUUUUAUCUUUUUAAAUAAAAUAUAU